UAAGAAUAAAGACACGGUCCCACUGCUAAGCAAACGUAAACAAGUUUAUUUAUUAAAAUAAAUUCGUCAAAUUUAAAGUUUAAAUAAAGCUACAAACAUGAGUAAUGCAGAAGAAACCAAACUUGAGGCAUCCGCCAAGGUUUUAUUUAAAAAAGCCGGACGUAAAAACCUACGACAAAGGAAGAUUUCUGAUGACGAGGAAAAAGAAGAACAACUUACCCUAGAUGAGAUAAAGGAGCGCCAGCGCCUAAGACAACGACCCAAUGGUGUCAGUUUAGUAGGUUUAGCACUUGGCAAGAAGAUUGCCCCUGAGGAAGAGCUGGCCAUCAAGGAUCCUUUCAAUGUGAAAACUGGAGGUCUGGUCAAUAUGCAGCAGUUAAAAUCUGGAAAGAUAAAGGAGGUAGACGACGCCUACGACGUGGGUAUUGGCACACAAUUCUCGGCGGAAACAAACAAGCGUGAUGAGGACGAGGAAAUGAUGAAGUACAUCGAGCAGGAGCUGCAGAAGCGCAAGGGAGGUGGAACUGAAGCCCUGGCUGAGGACGAUGGGGAUGUCAACAAAUACCUUACUCCCGAAGAUGCCGCCUUAUACGCCUUGCCUGACCAUCUGAGGCAAUCAUCCUCGCACAGAUCCGAAGAGAUGUUGUCUAACCAGAUGUUAAAUGGUAUUCCCGAGGUUGAUCUGGGCAUAGUUGCUAAGAUUCGCAACAUAGAGGCCACCGAGGAUGCCAAGCAGAAACUCUUGCAAGAUGCCAAAAACAAGAAGGACGGACCCUCGCAGUUUGUGCCCACUAAUAUGGCGGUGAACUUCAUGCAGCACAAUCGAUUCAACAUUGAGGAUAAUAGCGAACAAAGAAGACGCAAGCGGGAGGAGAGGGAGGGCAACAAGUCCGCCCAACAUCAAACAAAUCCCAAUGGAGUCAAACGGGCUACAGAUGACUACCAUUAUGACAAGUUUAGAAAGCAAUUUCGCAGAUAUUAAAAUACUAGCAAUAAAAAACUUAAUGUUU